CUCCAGGUGAUUGAUAUGAACGAGUACCAACGGAGGAGGUUUGCAUGUCGUAUCAUUGACUGUCUGUUUAACACAGUGACAGGGAAGAAGAUCGCUCUGCUGGGAUUCUCCUUUAAGAAAGACACUGGAGACACCAGGGAGUCUUCUAGUAUCUAUAUAUCUAAGUACCUGAUGGACGAGGGAGCCAAGCUCCACAUCUACGACCCUAAAGUCCUGAAGGAGCAGAUCAUUCUGGACCUCUCUCAACCACACAUCUCUGAAGACCCUCACAGAGUGUCUGAGCUGGUCACAGUGUCAGUGGAUCCCUACCAGGCCUGUCAGGGGGCUCACGCUCUGGUCAUCUGCACCGAGUGGGACAUGUUCAAGGAGCUGGACUAUGAGAUGAUCUAUGACCACAUGUUGAAGCCAGCGUUUCUGUUUGACGGCCGACGCCUGUUGGACCAGCUCCACCCCCGCCUGCAGAACAUUGGCUUCCAGAUCGAAACCAUCGGUAAGAAGCUGACGACAUCUCGUAUCCCCUACACACCCACGGCCGGAGUCCCUCGUACCAGCAUCACCCCUGAACCCCCGACCAAGAAGCCCAAAGUCUGACACACACCCCCCUCAGCAUCAUCACCCCCCCCCCCCCCCUCCUUAUCUACCAUUCUUCCUCUACGAGGACAAUCAUUGAUAAUCAAUACGUUUUGAUGCUGCCGGUUUUAUUUCCUGUUAUAACUGACCAAUCACAUUAAUACUGCCUCUCAUUUCCUGUUAUAACUGACCAAUCACAUUUAAUUAACUGUCUCUCAUUUCCUGUUAUAACUGGCCAAUCACGUUAAUACUGUCUCAUUUCCUGUUUGUAACUGGCCAAUCACAUUAAUACUGUCUCAUUUCCUGUUUGAAACUGGCCAAUCACUGGUUCCGAUUUUAUACAGACAGAAAUAGCGUGAGUCUUAAAUAAUGUCCCCUUUCAUGGUGCUCUCCUGGUCCAACGUACGGCACUAUAGAGGUGUCAUUUCCGAUUGAACAGAUCCUUUAAUAUCCUGCCUUUUUAUAUAGACGGGUGAUGUCAUCAACCUGCGACCUAAAUAAAACCAGAUGUGAACUGUC